AUGCAUCUCUCUGACCGGCACCUAGCAUGGCUCACCGCAACAGCUUCCACCGAAGCUCUCCUUGAUAGCGGUGUCCUCCCGCACGCUGUAAUCCGUCUCGGUAUUCGCACGCAGCUGCGUCAGCGCAUACAGCUCAUCUCCUCGACAUCCCUUGAGAGCUCGUGGGUCACAAAAAUGAAGUAUGUCGACUUGCUGCGCACGCGUCCGAUUGCCAUUGAGACCAAAACGGCGAACGAACAGCACUACGAAGUUGGUACAGGAGUCUUGGCGGCAUGCUUAGGGCCACGUAUGAAGUACUCAUGUUGCUUGUAUGAAGAUGAUGGUCGCGGGGGAAUCAAAGGCAGUCUGGCAGAGGCGGAGGAUCGGAUGCUUGAUCUAUAUGUGCAGCGGGCGGGUGUAGUGGAUGGAAUGAGUGUCUUAGAUCUGGGGUGCGGCUGGGGCAGUCUGUCUCUCUACCUCGCCGCGCGCUUUCCCAAAUCCCCUAUAACAGGCUUCUCCAAUUCCGCAACCCAGAAAACAUACAUCGACGCCCGCGCCGCUGCUCUAGGCCUGAAGAACCUUACCAUAGUCACCGGUGACGUCGUCGAACACACCUUCGAAGCCGCCGCCUACGACCGCGUCAUAUCGAUCGAACUCUUCGAGCACAUGAAGAAUUAUGAGCUCCUCAUGGCCAAAGUCUCCCACGCCCUGGUCCCAUCAGGCAAGCUCUUUCUGCAUAUUUUCCACCACGCUAAUACACCAUACGACUUCGAGGACGGGUGGAUGACGACACACUUCUUCACGGGAGGCACAAUGCCAAGCGCCGACCUGAUGCAUUUCUUCCAGAGGGAUUUGACGCUAACAAGACAAUGGUAUGUUAAUGGGAAACACUACGCGAGGACGUGUGAGGAUUGGUUGAGCAAGAUGUGUGCAUCGAAGAAGGAGAUUUGGCCGCAUUUGGUAGAGACAUACGGGGCAGACAAGGCGAGUGUAUGGUGGGUGCGCUGGCAGGUGUUUUAUAUGGCGUGCGCAGAGCUGUUUGCCUGGGACGGGGGCGAGGUAUGGGGUGUCGGGCAUUAUUUGUUUGAGAAGCGGCAGUAG